CGCGUCGGCAGACAAAAACCCGGCAGCAACCCGCCUCCAAAAGCCGAAGGAGAGCCCCGUCCGCGACGGGCACCGAGCAACUUUGAAACGUAUCGUCCACAAUCCUCCACGUCCCCCGCACCUGCCUUUUAUUGCCCCCAUCCCCAUCCCCUCCCUCCUCACCCGCUCGCGCCAGCAUCCCCAUCGCCGCCUCUCCCUUCUACAGCCUAAACCGCCGCCGCAAGAGGCAGCCGACGACGCGCCGACCAUGAAGGUGGUGCGGAACCUCGACCUGGAGCGGUACGCGGGGCGGUGGUACGAGAUCGCGUGCUUCCCGUCCACGUUCCAGCCCAAGACGGGCACCAACACACGCGCCACCUACGCGCUCAACCCGGACGGCGCCACCGUGAAGGUGCUCAACGAGACGUGGACGGAUGGCCGCCGCGGCCACAUCGAGGGCACGGCCUGGCGCGCGGACACGGGCAGCGACGAGGCCAAGCUCAAGGUCCGCUUCUUCGUGCCGCCCUUCCUCCCCGUCUUCCCCGUCACCGGCGACUACUGGGUGCUCCACGUGGACGACGACUACCAGUACGCGCUCGUCGGCCAGCCUUCUCUGAAGUACCUCUGGAUCUUGUGCAGGCAGCCGCACAUGGACGAGGGCGUGUACAACGAGCUGGUGGAGAGGGCCAAAGAGGAAGGGUACGACGUGUCGAAGCUGCGCAAGACGGCGCACCCGGACCCACCGCCGGAGAGCGAGCAGAGCCCCAGGGACGGCGGGCUGUGGUGGAUCAAGUCUAUCUUCGGCAAGUAGUCGGUGCUGCGGCGCUGUGACCGUGAAGGCGUUCAAGGAUUCGGAGCUACUGGUCGCUACUGCCAUUUACCGCGUGUACAUACAGUGCUGCUUUGAGAAAUUGAGAGAUCGAGCUAUAGUUUGAUGUUCGUUGCUGCAGCGAAUGUGCAAUUGGUGGUGAACUCUGUGUGUUGUUUGGUUGGUGCUAUCCGUUUGAAUCGAACUUUGAGUGAAUGCUUGAAUUUGUAGAAGUAUUUGUGGUGAUGUCUUGAA